AUGGUGGUGUUUUUGGUUAGUAAUACUGAUGGUGUUGGUGAGUUUGGGAGGUGGUGUAUUGUUGGAGGUGUUUUCUGGCUAUCGUGGUGGUCCUGGUGGCUGCUGGCUGCGAUAGUUUAUAGUGGUGGUUGUGUUGUUGGUGUUGGUGGUGGUGUUGUGGUGGUGGAUGUGAUGGUGGUGUUAAAUUUUGGAGACAAUAAUUGGGCUACCUGCUUUGGAGGAAGAGAAGAGAAGCCGAUUGCUGGUGUUCAAAAUGGUUGGAAACCUCCCUCUAGUAUCGUAUCAGGAAACAUUCAUCUUACUGACAUAUCAUUGUGGACUAAAGAUGAGUUAGCUGCAUGUAACUGGAAUAGUAAGGGAAUUCAUGCAUUAUUCAUGGCACUAUCACCAGAAGAGUUUAGGCGAGUCUCUAUGUGCGAAAUUGCUAAAGAGGUUUGGGACAUUCUCGAAACAACGCAUGAGGGAACUAAAAUAGUGAAAAACUCAAAACUGCAAAUGCUAGCUUCUAGGUUUGAAGAAGUGAGGAUGAAAGAUGAUGAAACUUUUGAUGAGUUUUACGCUAAGCUAAAUGACAUAGUUAACUCGAGUUUCAACCUAGGUGAGAGAAUUCCCGAGACCAAGAUAGUGAGAAAGGUACUUAGAUCCCUACCUGAGAGAUUUAGGCCUAAAGUCACUGCUAUUGAGGAAAGUAAAGACCUAGAUGAAGUUAAGAUUGAAGAAUUGGUAGGAUCCUUGCAAACCUAUGAACUUACUCUCUCACAACACAAGAAAGGAAAAUCCAUAGCCCUAAAAUCCAAUAAAAAAGGUGAAUUGUCUGACACUGAGUUACUUAGGGAUGAGGAAAUCGCAUACUUUGUCAAGAAAUUCCAAAAAGUCCUCAAGAAUAGGAGAAAGCCUCAGGAUAGAAAGAAUGGAGCCCCUAGCAGAUUCACAAAAGAUAAAAUUGAGAAAGAUAACAAUAAGGGGUCUAGUGAGAAACCACGUUUGGUUAGAUGCCAUGAGUGUCAAGGAAUAGGUCACUAUAGGAAUGAAUGUCCGAGCUAUAAGAAAAAUCAAAGAAAGGGGAAAGGUAAAGCCUUAGUUGGCUCACUUACUGAUAAUGAAUCUGAGACCAGUGAUAGGCAGGAAUCCUCCAGUAGUGAUGAUGAAGGAAAUUAUAUGGCAUUUGUGGCUACUGUUAAGAGUGAGUCUGAUAAGGAAAGUGAUAAGGUUGAGGAAGAGCAAUCAAAUGAUAAUUCUGUUAAUGAGAAUGAGGAUGAGGAUGACAUAGACCUACAAGAAGCAUAUCAACAACUGUUUAAAGAAAGUCUUAAAAUAAAGAAGGUCAAUAAAUCCCUACUUAAAAAGCUUGACGAACUUGAAAGGGAAAAAGAGAAACUGGGUGGUAAGCUUCAGGAGUCACUUAAGAGCGGUAGUGAGUUGAAGUGUGUCAAUGAGAAAUUGGAAGACAAUGUUAAGAGUUUGACUAGUGAAUUGGAAAAAUCUAAUGCCCAUCUUCAGACAUUCAUUAGUGGAACUAAGAAAUUAGAUAACCUAUUGGGAAUGAAUAAGCCAGUGGGAGACAAGAGAGGUCUAGGAUAUGUUGAGGGUAAUACAACUAUUGCUGGACCAUCUAAGACUGUCUUCGUGGCUGCCUCUAAGCCUAAUACGCCUAAAAUGAUUUGGGUCAAAAAGGGUGAUUUAGAUAGACUAUCAGGUCAAGAGAAAUGCCUUGUUGCUAAUGUUGCAUUAAAAGCUCAAAAUUCUAAUAUGUGGUACCUGGAUAGUGCAUGUUCUAGGCAUAUGUGUGGUAAUAAAUCUUUGUUUACUACUCUUGAUGAAUGUAAUGGUGGUAUGGUUACUUUUGGAGAUGGGGGCUCUGCACCUAUUCUCGGCAAAGGUACCGUUUAA